AUGUCUCUCCUAAGUUUGUCGGCUCGUCAACCAGAUCUUCUUGCCAAGCAGACUGCUUUGGAUGAUGAGUGCUACAAACAAACAUCUACUGUCUCAAAUCUUAAUUUGGAGGCACCGAAAAAUACUGCGGCUGCCGUUCCUCAUGAACUCGCUGCUGAAGACUCCCGUAUUCGAAACCGAGUUGUGGAUUACAUCAACGCGCAGAGAAUGCUUGCUGGGAGUGCACAUGCGGAGCAGCUUCUACUUGAGCUGAACUCUGCUGCACAAAUCAAUCGCGGUCCUGAAGGUGUGUUUGAGUCGUCGCGUCUUCAUUGGGAUAUGAUCCUCGGUCGUGAUGAAAAAAUCUACCCGUCUGAUUAUCUCAAUUUCGACUCGAAAAUGAAAUUUUAG